UCCUCGGCCCUCCUUCGAGUGCUAUCCAAGGCGGUUUUUUUGGUUUUUUUGAACUUCAGUUUCACUUUCCGGUUUGCAGCCAGCUUGCCGUAUGUCCUCGAUAAACGUGGCUGGAUUUGGACGGAUGACAACGGGAACGAUCAGCUCUCCUCAGAGUAUGCGAAGCAAUUUAUUCCUGGCUCUCGCUUCAUCGUCUAACUGUAUUUUUGUUUGCUGGUUUGACUGAAGCACACUCUAGAAUACCAUUUUCAUGUGGGAUAUCACAAGACUUACCUCUUUUAACCUUCAUAACUACCUAUGAAGGAGCUACUCUAAUUCUCUCUACUUAUAAGACGAGAAAAUGAAGGCCGGAGAAAUGAAUUAACUUGCUACAGGCUACAAAGUGGAAGAUCCAGUCUCAGAACUCAGAGGGUGUAAUUCCAGGAGUCAUGAGCCGGAGCCUCCUGCGUCCUGUCGCCUGCUGUCUGGGCCUGUUGCCCCUCUGGCUUCUGUGCGCAUCUUCCGCCAGCAGGUGUGCGGUUCGGCAGGAGGUCGCCGACUGCAGUCACCUGAGAUUGACUCAAAUACCCGAUGACCUCCCGGCGAACGUAACAGUGUUGAAUCUGACCCACAAUCAACUCAGAAAACUACCACCUGCCAAUUUUACAAGAUACAGCCAACUUACUGUCUUGGAUGGAGGAUUCAACACCAUCUCGAAACUGGAGCCAGAAUUGUGCCAGAAACUCCCCUUGCUGGAAGUUUUGAACCUUCAACACAAUGAGCUAUCUCAACUGUCUGAUAAAACCUUUACCUUCUGCCUGAAUUUGACUGAACUCUGUCUUAGGUACAACUUAAUCCAUAAAAUUCAAAAUGAUCCCUUUAAAAACCUGAAGAAUUUAAUCAAAUUAGAUCUAUCUCGUAAUGGUUUAUCGUCUACUAAAUUAGGAACUCAGCUCCAACUGGAAAAUCUCCAAGAGCUUCUAUUAUCGAAUAAUAAAAUUCAUGUACUAAGACGUGAAGAACUUGAUUUCCUUGGCAAUUCUUCUUUAAAAAAAUUAGACUUGUCUUCAAAUCAAAUUAAAGAGUUCUCUCCAGGGUGUUUUCAUGCAAUUGGAAAAUUGUUUGGCCUCUCUCUGAACAACGCCCAGCUGGGCCCCAGUCUCACCGAGAACCUUUGUCUGGAAUUGUCGAACACGCACAUUCAGAAUCUCUCCCUGAGCAACACCCAGCUGUCCAGGACGAGCAAUGUGACCUUCGCUGGACUGAAGCAGACGAACCUCACCAUGCUCGAUCUUUCCUACAACAGCUUAAGUGUGAUUGGCAAUGAUUCCUUUGCGUGGCUUUCUCACCUGGAGCGUCUCUUCCUGGAGUAUAAUAGUGUAGUGCGUUUGUUCCCUCGCUCCUUUUACGGGCUUUUCAAUGUGAGAUACCUGAAUUUGAGACACUGUUUUACUAAACAAAGCCAUUCCCUUGCUGUGCUUCCCAAGAUUGAUGAUUUUUCCUUCCAGUGGCUAACACAUUUGGAGUAUCUUAACUUGGACGACAACAACUUCCCAGGCACAAAAAGAGAUACUUUCACGGGACUGGCACAGCUGCGGUACUUAAGUCUAUCCAACUCCUUCAGCAGCUUGCAGACUUUAACGAACGAAACAUUUGUGUCACUGGCUCACUCUCCUCUAGUCAUGCUCAACCUCACCAAAAAUAAAAUCUCGAAAAUAGAGAGUGGCGCUUUCUCUUGGCUUGGCCACCUGAAGGUACUUGACCUCGGCAUUAAUGAAAUCGGGCAGGAACUCACAGGCGAGGAAUGGCGAGGCCUAGGAAGCAUUGUUGAAAUCUACCUUUCCUACAACAAAUACCUAGAACUGACCACCAACUCUUUUGCCUUGGUUCCGAGCCUUCAACAACUGAUGCUCCGAAGGGUGGUCCUCAAAAACUUGGAUAGCUCCCCUUCCCCUUUUCGCCCUCUUCGGAACUUGACCAUCCUGGAUCUGAGCAACAACAACAUAGCCAACAUAAACGAUGAACUGUUGGAGGGCCUGGAGAAACUGGAAAUUCUGGACAUGCAGCACAACAACUUAGCCCGGCUCUGGAAAUAUGCAAAUCCUGGUGGUCCCGUUCAAUUCCUAAAGGGCCUUUCUCACCUCUACAUCCUUAAUUUAGAGUCUAACGGCUUUGACGAGAUCCCAGCGGACGCCUUCAAAGACUUAUUUCAGUUAAAGAGCAUCAAUUUAGGAUUGAAUAAUUUAAACAUACUUCCUUCAUCUCUCUUUGACAAUCAGGGGUCUCUCAAGUCAUUGAGCCUUCAGAAGAAUCUCAUCACGACGGUUGAGAAGAGUGUUUUCGGGCCAGCUUUCAAGAACCUGAGUAGUUUAGAUAUGCGCUUCAAUCCAUUUGAUUGCACGUGUGAAAGCAUUGCCUGGUUUGUUAACUGGAUCAACAGCACCCCUACCAACAUCUCGGAGCUGUCCAGCCACUAUCUCUGCAACACCCCACCUCAAUAUCAUGGUUUCCCAGUGAUGCUUUUUGAUAUCUCACCCUGCAAAGACAGUGCCCCCUUCGAGCUCCUUUUCAUGAUAAAUACCAGCAUCCUGUUGAUUUUUGUCUUCACUGUGCUGAUGAUCCACUUUGAAGGCUGGAGGGUAUCUUUUUAUUGGAAUGUUUUAGUGCAUCGAGCUCUUGGUUUCAAAGAAAUGGACAGGCAGCCAGAGCAGUUUGACUAUGCAGCAUAUAUAAUUCAUGCCUAUGAAGACAGGGACUGGGUCUGGGAGAACUUCUCCCCCAUGGAACAAGAGGAUCAGACGCUCAGAUUUUGCCUGGAAGAGAGGGAUUUUCAGGCAGGUGUUCUUGAACUUGAAGCAAUUGUUAACAGCAUCAAAAGGAGCAGAAAAACUAUUUUUGUUAUAACACAGCAUCUAUUAAAAGAUCCAUUAUGCAAAAGAUUCAAGGUGCACCAGGCACUUCAGAAAGCUAUUGAACAGAACCUGGACUCCAUUAUCUUGAUCUUUCUUGAAGAGAUUCCAGAUUAUAAACUAAACCAUGCACUCUGUUUGCGAAGGGGAAUGUUUAAAUCUCACUGCAUCUUGAACUGGCCAGUUCAGAAAGAACGGGAAAGUGCCUUCCAUCACAAAUUAAGGGGACUGUCAGAAAGAUCUGGAAAACACAAUUUUGCUGGGAAAAGCAAAGAUCCUUUACCUACGCAUUUUACAAGAAAUGUGCAGAAAGCCAUUGAUAAAUAUGCCUGUGGGUCUGUGUCGUCGUUGUCAUCUAGUGGGAGCCCCACACCCACAGAAGCCCGCAGCUCUUGGUCCGGGUCUGGGAUGCAGAGUUCGACCACUGGCUUGUCUACUGAAAGGAGCUCCAUUUACUCAUGGAGAGAUGAUGAGUUUGACAAAACCAGUGCGCAGAAAGUACAGCAGUUAUUCCGGGAGGUCGAGGAGAUGUUGUUCGAAGGGAAAGUGAGCCCUCAGACCCAGAACCUAAUGGCAGAAUGCAGCGAGUGGGCAAGACGUUCCGUCCACCUGAGGGUGUUAGGAAGACAGAUCCUCCUGCCCACUGACGACGGGGUCCGGCACUUCCAGGGCAGCAAGCCCCGCGCUGCGGUUCACGAGCCCUUUGCGGAUGCCUGUGAACGCGGCAGCGACGUCAGACAGUUGUGCAUCUCCGGCUCUCAGAUACUCCCAGCAGCACUUGCGGCCCCCGCCUUGCCAGGUCCGGGCUGCACAGAGGUGGUUGACCUAACGGCAUGUUCCUCCUUGCAAGAAGAGGUCUAUGACUUGGAUGGAAAGAUUGAAGAGUAUUUAGCUUUCGACAGAAAAGCAGAUGAUGACGACUAUCUUGAACAAAAAUCAGCUCACCACUGUAGGACACGGCGCAAACAUGGACUUCCUCCCGUUUCCCCUCAUGACUGUAUCAAAGACGCCGUGGCUGCAGAAGUGUUCGAUCACGUCUGGACAAACGUGGUGGAAAUAUUGGAAGAGCUGAUCAGAAAGCACUGGGAAAUUACACUCACAGGAAGAAGAAAACAGAAAGAAAAAUUGAAAGUAGCUGAGACUAAAUCUCCCCAUGGACACGUUUCCUAUGUUAACACUGAUCUAUCGAGUGUUCCCCCAUCCAGAAGUUCUGAAGCUCGAAGCAUCUCCCUGGCUUCUCAUCUUAACCCAUCCCAGAUGCAUCGCUUCUCCAGCAAUUUUUACAGUGAUCUGAACGGCGUGAUGACAAUUCAGGCGAAACCACUUCAGCAGAGACCUACCUGUUCUGCAGACAGGACGCAGAGCGAACAGCAGGACAGAUCCCUGAGUGUGGGGGCCGGUGCCCUUUCCGCCGCACGCCACCGGCUGGGGCGCAUCUCAGACGCCCCCAGGCUCCAGACUCCUGCAAAGAAAACGGCGCACAGGAGGCUGCCUUCCCUUCCCUCCGACUCGCAGAGAAUGAGAGCCCCCAGUGUGGACAGUGAUGAGGUGCUUAGGGGAACAAAACUGCCAACUGGCAUAGACCACGUGUCCUCCCCCCCAGUCCACACCUCACGGAGCAGGUUGCCCCCCAUCGGCUCCGAGCCUGCUGAGCAGAACCUGGCAGUUCCUGGGUCUCGCCCUAUUUCUUACAGAGGAAGGCAUGCACAAAACCGUGUGUUAAGUGCAAUACCUGAUAGUGUAGAGCGAUCACCUCUUCGAGAAAGAUCUCUGACUGUGGCACAGCUUUCCAGGCCCAGCACAACCCAUACGUUCCGGUCAGACACGCCUCGCAAAGGUUCACUGACACUGUUGGAGUUUGCUGGUCACACCUGGACAGGUCAAGGUUUGCUGACAGGUUCACAGUAUCCACCUAAGUCUUUUCAGAGAACAACUUUGACUUUAAGGAAGAGAUUCCAAGUGGCGUCUUGAUGUUACCUCCCCAGAAGCACAGCCUUUGCGGGACCAUUCAGAGCCCCAGCGCACCACCUAUCACUUGAAACUGGAAGAACAAGUAUUAUGCUAUGGAUCUGUUGGUCUGACAGCCUGAGAUACUAGACUGUCUGAGAGAAAGGCAGGCAAAUAACUUAAUUUUGAGCACUUUGCAUUGUAAACAGAAUACCAGUCAAGCUCACCAAUCUUCUUUAUCGGAAACAUUCCAAUAUGGAUUCUUUAGCUUUGCUCAGAAGAAUCGAAUAUGUGUUUAUAAUCCAUCCUUUUAUCAAUUAUACACACACAUAAUUACUGUACAUACUCACACACUACUCCAUAUAUAUAGUCAAUGCCAUUUUGUAACUUGGUGUCUUACCAUAUUUUUUGUGUCUCAUUCCAUUAUUAAUUCCAUCAAAACCCUCGUUACUGAUAGAUAUUAUUUUCUUCUUUAGAAAACAGCAGAGCCACCUUUGGGACAAGGUGCCCGUCUAAGAUUCGGAUUGUUCUGGCCACUGUGCUGACUUUCUCAUACCCUUUCAAAAAGGAGGUUAGUCAUGAACUGCUUUGAGGAAUGGCCGUGGCUGUCUCCCGAGCCGACUUUCUUUUACUAGUUUUCAUGUUCCAAUUCAGGUGGCCUACUGAGAAAUAUCCCCAACUUACUGAUUUUUCAAAUCAAGUGACUGAUUUUAAUUAUGCAUAUAAACGUAAUUAAAAUAUAUUGCCUGUGGUUUCAUCGUUACUGUUCACAGCUGAGGUGGACAGAAGGCUUUGCAGCAGCAGGUUCCUCAUUUCAUCGCAGCCUGAGCUUUCCCAUGAUGUCACCUCUGGGCCCCCCCCCGCCCCGCCCCAUCCUCCUGUCUAAGCAGCUCCUGCUGUGCUCUCCUCUGGCCCUGCUUUAUUUUUCUCCAGAGCAUGUGUCCCUACCUGACAGUGAUGUAGAGAGUGCAGAGGAGACAUGAUCAGUUGGGGUCAUUUCUCUUUUCCUCCCCUCCCCAGUUGUUUUUCUUUAUCGUGAUUUAAAUCCUUGGACUCACUUUGAUCUUCUCAGUUCUCAAGUUAUAUAAUUUCUUCUUUUCUAUCAGAGAAUUAUAUUUUAUCAAUUUAAAUUUUUAUUAAUCCCAAAUGAAAUAUAUAUAUAUAUGUAGAGUAAAUUCUUUUCAGACAUAUUUCUGGUUGUAAGAAGGGAGGAUGGUUGCCCGCUUACAGAUGUCUGGAAAUUACAGAGUGCAUUGGGACUGGAAUUAGUGUCGUCCUUUAUCACAGAGUGACAAAACCUGAUUUCAGAGCCUUGCCUCCGAUUGAUGCCUUCUCCUUUACAUUCUCGACUCUCGACUCCAGUCUCUAUAAUAAUGGAAUGUGUCAGGGAGCAGACAUGAGAAUGGUCACUGUACCUAGGGCUCUUUUGGAUGGCCACACCUCCGUAACUCUAGGUAAUAUUCCCAAUGCUUAGUAAGCUACACAAAGAAUUUUCUAACCCUAAAUAUUAGCUAUAGAAACUUUCAAGAGAAAAUAUCAGUUUUAAUUUUACAGUCGUCAAACAUGAGGAAUCUCUAGACAUGUAAGCAGUCGGGAGACCCUGUUUCUAAGGGUCUCAAGUUAGGUGCUCUCUGGUCCAUAAUUACUGCUAAAUGUGCCAUUUCUACACCUCCCCCCCCUCCCCCCAGCUCUGUUAAAAGCGUUCAGGCUAUUUUAUAUCAGUUUUCAAGAACCAUCAAAGCCCUUCCCUAAUCAGCCCAGACUUCUUAGAAGAGGAAAGAAUUGAUACGCAUCCUACACUAACAUUAAGAGUAUCCAAAAUGAAUUAUUGUUUCAUAGAGAACCACUGAAUGGUGGCUUUAUUUUAUUUGGCUUUGGAGUUUUGCAACAACAACAACAAAAACCCUAUUAUUUACACAUAUUGAUAAACAUAAUUUAAAAAAAUUGAACCAAGUACAGUGAUCUUGACUCACAUUCUCUAAAUAUUUUCAAUUGGAAGAUAAAGCACCACUUUAGGCAUAACAAAAAGACUUGGCUUUGCCCUGACUUUAAAAACAUGCUUGUAGCACAUGUUUUUACACCUGUAUUAAAGAUAGUGUUUUAUUUAUAGGCUGAGAUUCAGAGGUCAGUAAAUAAUCCUUAUAUCAGGAGUGGUGCUUUUUGAACUGGUUAGGUAAGAAUUAGUGCAGCGUUUUCAAAACAACUGUUGAUAGAUGAGUCAUCUUAAAAUUUCUCUGUUACAAAUUGCCAAAGGCAAGCUAAAUUACUCCUGAGAUCAAUUUUUAAAUUAAGAUUAGUGACUAAUCAAAUGUCUGUUAAUUUAUCCAAAACCAAAGAAGACAUGAAGGAAUUGAAAAAUAAUAUAAAAGCAUGUAAAAUACUAUAAAAAACUGCUAGAUUUAAAAAAAUUAACAAAAGAGGAAGUGUCCAUAUUGAUGUUAUUCUGAACUAGAAUGUAAUUACUAUACCAAUUAAGAGGUUCGUUUUCAUAAUAUCAUAAAUCAUUCGGGUAUUAUAUUUUUAUUGUCAUUGUUUUGUUAUGACUACAGAUCAUUGUUCAGGAUUUUUAAUUCUUUAAUUUUUAAUAAAAUACAAAGUGUUGAAAGA